GCCCGCAGGCGGGCAGAGUCCGGCAGCGGCCGCAGCAGCAGCAGCAGCGCGGAUCGCGCCUCGUAGAGGACAGCGCGGCGGCAGAGGUUCCCUCCCGGCCCUUUCAGCCUGACGCGUUGGCUGCGGCCCUCAGGUGCAGAAGAUGAAUAAUCUUUCGUUUAGUGAGCUAUGUUGCCUCUUCUGCUGUCCACCUUGUCCAGGGAAAAUUGCUUCAAAGUUAGCAUUUUUGCCACCUGAUCCAACUUACACGCUGAUGUGUGAUGAAAGUGGAAGCCGUUGGACUUUACACCUAUCAGAACGAGCAGACUGGCAAUAUUCUUCUAGAGAAAAAGAUGCCAUUGAGUGUUUCAUGACUAGAACCAGUAAAGGCAACAGAAUUGCCUGCAUGUUUGUGCGUUGCUCACCCAAUGCCAAAUAUACUUUACUCUUUUCCCAUGGAAAUGCUGUUGAUCUUGGUCAGAUGAGCAGCUUUUACAUAGGACUCGGAUCACGGAUUAAUUGUAAUAUAUUCUCAUAUGAUUACUCUGGAUAUGGUGCAAGUUCUGGGAAACCAACAGAGAAGAACCUCUAUGCAGACAUAGAAGCUGCUUGGCUUGCUCUUAGGACAAGAUACGGCAUUCGCCCUGAAAAUGUGAUUAUAUAUGGCCAAAGUAUAGGGACAGUACCAUCUGUGGAUCUUGCUGCUCGGUAUGAGAGUGCUGCUGUUAUUCUUCAUUCUCCUUUGACCUCAGGAAUGCGAGUUGCUUUUCCUGAUACCAAGAAGACCUACUGUUUUGAUGCAUUCCCAAACAUUGACAAAAUCUCUAAGAUAACCUCUCCAGUAUUAAUAAUUCAUGGGACUGAAGAUGAAGUCAUAGACUUUUCACAUGGUCUCGCAUUGUUUGAGCGUUGCCAAAGACCUGUGGAACCUCUGUGGGUUGAAGGGGCAGGUCACAAUGAUGUGGAACUUUAUGGACAAUACCUUGAAAGAUUGAAACAGUUUGUGUCACAGGAACUGGUAAAUUUGUAAAAUAUUCUGUAAAUUUGCAUAUUGGGUUUUCUUUUCUUGCUGAACUGCACUCUUUGGUAAAUAACAUAAAACCUGAAGGUUUUGUUUUCAAAUCAUGUCAGUUGCCUUCAUAAAUGUACAGGUAAUGAUUUGUUAACAGACUUAAUGAAGGUGUUAAUUACCAAACUAGAAACUGGAAAUAACAGUAUCAUGCAGUCAGGCUGUGUAAUUUAUAUUUUUUCUGUGAAUUUUUUUUUAAACAUCAAGAUGAGUACUGUAUGAAAUUUUAAUUCUAUAAAAUCAAAUGCUAUAAAAGUAUUGCCAAAUGCUUUUGCAUAUCAGAAACAAAUUUAUAAAUAUUUUUAAAAACAUCUCAAUGUACUAAAUCUUAUCCUGGUAUACAAAUGUAAUAUUCUUUCAAUAAAAAAUUGUAUAUCUAAAACAGUUCAAGUACUCAUAAUAAACUAUAUGAAAACAUGCAAGUUCACUAAAGAUGACCUAAACCCUGUUGUACAGGGAUAGAGAUUUAAAAGGUUAUUUUAUUGUAAAAUACAUUGAAUUUUCUGUAUUCCCUGGUUAUCAUACAUUUUCUCCUAAAAAAAAAAAAAUGUAAGUCUUAAUUUUUAUGCCAUCUGUUAAUUUACCAACUAGUUACCUUUAAAUGAGAAGUCAUGAUAGAACUGAAUCUGAACUAGUUUUAAGUUUGGUACUGUGAGGCAACUACUUAAAAAUUUCAAUUUAGUAAUUUAAAAGGCAUUUAGAGCUUCAGGAAUGAUUUUGUACACAAUGUUUUAAAUUUUGACUAAUCCCGUAGAAAUGCAGUAUUAUAAUUAUUAGAAAAUCUGAAAGUCCAUUAGAUGUUCCUUAAGACCACACACAGACUGGCUAUUCGAUCCCUUUUCACUCUGACUAUUUUUAAGAAUAAGACCUGUUGUUUUGGAUUACUUUCUGAGAAUUUCAUGGAUUUACUCCUGGAUGCAGGAGAUAAGAAAACAUUUAAUUCAUAACUUUUAUAUUAACCAAUGUAGUAAAAAUAAAGCUCACACACAAAAACUAAGUUGCCUUUCCUUGAGUGAAUCCUGCUUGAAUAAACAAUGAAAGAAAAAUUAAAAUUAAUGGUAUGUAGUCUAAUUUGUAAAUGAAUGAAUAUACACACUGUGGAUAUAUUUUAAGGCCUUAUGUAGUUUUAAUUGUUCUGCUUGUUCUGUGGUUAUGUCUAAGACUAUAGUAUAUGAUUCUCUUCAAAGUAUAUUAAGUAUUGUGAAUGCUUUGGUUCAGAUGUGUCGAAUUAAUAGUAAAACAAAAAUAUGCCACUCA